UUACAAAAGAUCGUAAAGGAAGAAAGGCCAUGGCGUCACGUUCAGAGAGCUGACACUUGAAUCCCAAACCGCUUCUUCGGUCAUGUGUGAUACAAAUGAUGUCCCUAGAUUAAAAGCAUGGGCCUUAGCGCUCACGUUAUAGUGCAUAAAUGGAUUCACCGGGUAUGGGGAGCUGUGGUCCGGGGCUGGAUGGGGUGACCUCCCCAGACACAGAACCCCUCAUAAAGGAUCCAAGACCCGAGGAGCUCGGUGACGUCUCGCAUAUGGAUGUUCAGGGGUACAGAUGGGUGUGCUGGAGGGUGUGGUUGUGCCGUAUUGGGGCGGUGUGUUCUUUAGGCCUGCUCUUAGUGCUCUUCAACUGGCGCCCUCGCCUCGGCAUCCUGGCCCGCUGCAAAUCCUGUCCUGUCUCAUUGGCAGAUGUUUUACUGUUAAAGGACCGAUAUGGACAGCAGUUCGUUGUAGAUGUGCUUACUGAGGAGAUUGAGGAAGGCAGUUUGGAGCUGGCAGUAGGAGAAGUGGAUGAGAAUGAAUGGAGAGACACUGUACAGCUGCACAGUGAAAAGAAAACAUUGCUCAGAUACUAUAUUUUUGAGGGCAUGCGCUACAUAUGGAUUGCCAGAAAAGGAUCCUUUUGCAAAGCAAGCAUUCUCAGUGAAGGUUGGACUUGCGCUGACCUGCAUGGCCGACAGCAAGGACUGAGUAAAGCAGACCAGAGCACAAGAAAGCAGAUUUUUGGGGCCAAUAUCAUCGACGUACCUGUGAAGUCUUAUUUACAACUUCUCUUUGAGGAGGUUCUCAAUCCGUUCUACAUAUUUCAGGUGUUCAGCAUCAUUCUGUGGAUGUCAGACAGAUACUAUUAUUAUGCCGCUUGCAUCCUAAUCAUAUCCUUAAUUUCAAUCGGCGUGUCCCUUUAUGAGAUCCGUAAGCAAAGCACCACUCUUCGCCGCAUGGCUCAGCUGAUUGUGAACGUGACCGUACGCAGAGACACGGGAGAGGAAGAGUGUUUGAGUUCUGAGGAGCUGGUUCCAGGGGACUGUAUUGUGAUUCCAGCCGAGGGCUUGCUUCUGCCCUGCGACGCUGCCCUGCUGGCAGGGGAGUGCAUGGUGAAUGAAAGCAUGCUGACUGGUGAGAGCAUACCAGUGAUGAAGAUGCCAUUGUCUGUGUCUGAAGCCGCGUACAGUCCAGAGUCUCAACGCAGACACACUUUGUUUUGUGGCACACAGCUCAUCCAAGCCAAAGGAGGCAGGUCUGCUGGGAAUGGGGCUGUUGCUGUUGUAACACGAACAGGGUUUUUUACUGCCAAAGGAGAUCUUAUUAGCUCUAUCCUUUACCCUCAGCCAUUAGACUUUCGCUUCUACAAGGAUGCUAUGAAGUUCCUACUAUUUCUAGGACUUAUGGCUCUGAUCGGCACUAUUUAUAGCAUUGUGAUACUUUCAAAGAGCAAUACAAACUGGCAGGACCUAGUCAUCCGGUCUCUGGAUAUUGUGACAAUAAUAGUUCCACCUGCUCUUCCUGCUGCUUUAACUACAGCCACUAUCUACGCCCAGAAUCGGCUGAAGCGUCACGGGGUGUUCUGCAUCAGCCCACCUCGCAUUAAUAUCUGUGGCAAGACAUCACUUUUCUGUUUUGAUAAGACCGGCACUCUUACAGAGGAGGGUCUAGAUGUGUGGGGCGUGAUGGAAGUGAGUGGAGCAGUAUUUAGUGAGUUGGUCCCUGACCCUCUUUUUCUCCCUCCUGGACUGAUGCUCUCUGCACUUGCCUCCUGCCAUUGUUUGGCUUUGCUGGGGGGUCAAGCGCUCGGAGACCCACUGGAGCUCAAAAUGAUAGAAUCUACUGGAUGGGAACUGACAGAGCCAGAGAAUGAGAUGGCACUUGAUUCUGAAUUUGGCAAACACAGAGUGCUAGCAGUGAUGAGACCUCCUGCAUCUGACCUCCUGUCACAAGGAAAUUCUGUCAGUCAGCCAGUGGCGAUCAUACGGCGAUUCCCAUUUUCCUCUUCUUUGCAAAGGAUGAGUGUUGUGACCGUGGGUCCAGGUGGAGCGUCUCCUGUGGCGUUCCUUAAAGGAGCACCUGAAAUAGUUGCCAGCUUGUGCCUUAGAGAAAGUGUGCCAUCUCAUUUUUCACCCAUUCUCCGGGAGUAUGCCAGCCAGGGCUUCAGGGUACUUGGAUUUGCCUACAAGCAUCUCACUAAGGAGACUAACCUAAGCACUGUCGAAAGGGUGGAGGUGGAGAAAAACAUGAGCUUCCUGGGCCUGUUAGUAAUGAAGAACCAGGUGAAGCCAGAGAGCGCAGAAGUCAUUCGCACACUUAAACUGGCACAAUUACGGCCUGUUAUGGUUACAGGUGACAAUAUUCUCACGGCUGUGAAUGUAGCACGUGCGUGUGGAAUGGUGCCGUCACAUGAGAAGGUUAUUUUUGUUCACGCAUCGCCCCCUACCGCCAGUCCAAUGGCCUCGCUGCAGUUUCAUCAAGGAGAUGGUGCAGUAACCACCAUUAAUACUCAGGAGGCUAUUGAUAUUCCAGCGCAGGAUCUCUACCAAAACGGUGCCGGCUAUCAUUUGGCUAUAAAUGGAAUGUCCUUUGCAGCACUUUGUGAUCAUUUCCCUGAAUAUCUGCCCAAGAUUCUGAUGAGGGGAACCGUGUACGCCCGCAUGACCCCAGACCAGAAAACCCAGCUGGUCAAAGCACUGCAGAAACUCAAUUACAGGGUGGGCAUGUGUGGCGAUGGAGCCAAUGACUGCGGAGCACUGAGGGCCGCUGAUGUGGGUGUGUCGUUGUCUGAGGCUGAGGCGUCUGUGGCGUCUCCUUUCACAUCCAAGUCUAACAACAUUAGCUGCGUGCCUCUACUCAUCAAGGAAGGCAGGUGUUCACUGGUGACAUCAUUCAGUCUUUUCAAGUACAUGGCUUUGUACAGCCUGAUCCAGUUUGCCUCUGUACUUAUUCUCUACACUGAGAAAACAAACUUGGGAGACUUGCAGUUCCUCUUCUUUGAUUUGGUUUUGGUGACCGUUUUGGCUAUAGUGAUGGGACGGGGAGGUCCCAGCGAUGAGCUCCACCCCCGGCGACCCGCUGCCAGUCUUCUGUCUCUCCCAGUCCUGUCUACUUUACUGCUGCACACCGUGCUGCUGAUCCUAGCCCAGGUGUCUGCCCUGCUUAUCACUGUAUCACAAGACUGGUAUGUGCCUCUAAAUUCCACUGUGACGGGGGCUGCGAACUUGCCCAACAUGGAGGACACAAGCGUAUUUGCCUUAUCGGGAUUCCAGUACAUCAUCAUGUCUGUUGUGAUAACCAAAGGAUAUCCUUACAAAAAACCACUGUAUUACAAUUUUUUGUUUGUAGGUGCUCUGCUGGUCUUCUUUGCGCUUAUGAGCUGGCUGGUCCUUUUUCGUCACACCAUCAUCCAUCAAGUCCUGCAGCUCUAUGACAUCAACGAUAUGAAGUAUAAACUGUUGCUGGUGGCUGUAGCUGCGCUCAACUUCUUCAUAUGCUACAUGCUCGAGUUUCUUAUUGACCAAGGAGCCCUGAACUGCCUUCGCAACCCCAGAGGAAAACGCAAGUCCAAAAAGCAGUACAAACGCUUGGACGUAGAGCUCGCAGAAACGCCCUCAUGGCCGCCUCUAAACCAACCCUUGUUUCCAACACAGUGCUCCGUCAUCGGUGUUAGCUAACACCUACCUCCUGCUUUACAAUUUCAGCUCUUCCGAAUCAAAUAUCCAGGGUUGCCAAAGAUCUGAUACCACCUCUCGGUGCACUAGUGAGGUAUGAGUAGCAGGUGUUGUCCUUGUCUGCCUAUUAUAUAUGGCACAAAACUCAUCAUGCAGCAUUAAGAAUGAACUGUUUGUGAUGGUAUUUCUAAUAUAAAACAUGAAUGAAGAAUAAAAACCUUGAAGUAUUUUGAAA